CUCACGGCAGUAUUAAAAGCUCGGAGUUAGAGCAAAGAUCAAGACCGCCAUGCGGUGUCGAAUGUCAUUUGUUCGGUGCGCUCACAACUGACUCGAUUUUCGCGAAAGUUUAGCGAUCGUUUUGCGGUUUUUUUUAUCGUGCGAAAAAGUGUUGUGUAUUUUGUCGGGAAAUGAUGGCUUGAUAGGUGCGUCAUGUCGAUUAAAAAAGCUAGCGUUUGGUGUCCGAAUUGUUCGUUUGCGAAAAAUGUUGCUGCAAGUGCGUUGACGCCUCUAUGAGUGAGAAGUUGUGAGUACUAUAUGGGCCUCCGAAGGACCACUUGCCAUAGACAGAUAUGGUGCAUCCUCCUGCUGACGAUUCAGCAGUGUGUUGCCGUUGAUUUCCGGAAUAUUAUAGUCGUGAAUACCCUUCCGGAUGGUGAGAUUGAAACUAGGAUCAGUUAUAGGAAAAUCUGUGCCAAAGAGACCACUGUUGGAAAAGGGUCGUCCACUGGUCUCAAGUAUCGCCAAAUUGUGAAGGGCCACAGCCUCCUCCAACUCAUACUCGACGAGAGCAACAAAAUGCUGGACUGUGACUACGUGAACGACGAGCAGCUGUCCAAAACGUUCCUUAAUACUUUUAAGCAAGAUUUAAGCAAUCUCAUAGCUACCUCAAAUGUAUCGAUAGAAUUCCUCGACGACAAUUCCCUCCCUAGGCAUUUCAAGUCCAAGAUUCAAAUGAAGAGGCUCAGAGGAGAGUGUGAAGAACUACAUGAAAGACUGAAAAGCGAAGCAGAGAGAAUGCAGCAUUUGUAUUAUUAUAAUAGCUCACAUAGUAUUCGUAGGGAAAGGAGAGAUCUUAGUGACCUACUCAGAAUUCCUGGAACGAAAUGGUGCGGCAAGGGUUACUCAGCAGAAAAGUACACUCGUUUGGGAAUGUUCAGCAGGACCGACAAGUGCUGUAGGAAACACGACACAACGUGUCCUUUCUGGAUAGGUGGAUUUUCAACUAAGUAUGGGCUGUAUAAUUGGAGAAUAAACACUAUUAUGCAUUGUGGUUGUGAUGAACGUUUCAGGGCCUGUCUGAAACUAGUGGGCACCAGUGAUGCCAACAUGGUUGGAAAACUCUUCUUCAACAUCGUACAAACCCAGUGCUUCAUCAUUAAAUACAAGAAAAAAUGCAUCAAGAGGUCAUGGUGGGGCAAAUGUGAAAAACACAAAUUCAUCAAACAUGCAAUACUCAGAGAUAACUUACCUUAUUGAAUUUAGACAUCAGUCUAUUCGAUUCCUAAAUAAAAAUAAGCAUCCAUAAGUCAGAUGUGAUCAGAAUCUCAAUAUGAGAUGAUACUUCGACAUAGUUGUAUAAAUUCGGACAAUGUACUUAAAUUCUUGAGAAAACAGAGCUAUCUUUCGAUUAACUAUCAAUUUGUUGAGCAGUUUUCAGAAUUCGUAAAUAAAACAGAUUGUUAAUUUUAAUUCGCUAGUCAAAUAUGAUUUUUCAACGAGAAGUUGUUCCCAGUAUUUUUUUUUAAUUGUCAAUAUCUAUACUCAAUUUGAAGAAAUUUUUAUUUUAAUAACUGCUUCAAGGAAAAAUUCACAAAAAUUGUAGAUAACUUCUGUGAGCCAUCCUAAUUAUGUGUAAUUUAUUUAUUUUUCGAUUGUGAUUUUAAUCAAUUCAAAAUUGAUUAUUUUGUUAUGAAAGUUGUUAGGAUUUAUUUUCAAAUAAAUGAUUGUUUAGAAAGUA